AUGCAAAUAAUCGAUAUGAUGGCAACAUAUGUGGCUGAAUAUGGUCAAAAUUUUGAACAAAUGAUCAUGAGCAGAGAGUCACCUAACGGUCUAUUUGCAUUUCUAUUCGAGAGGUUUUCGUCAGAUCAUAUUUAUUAUAGAUGGCGUGUCUAUUCCAUCAUACAAGGUGACUCGCUUGAUAAUUGGGAGAAAAUACCCUUCAAGAUCUUUAAAUCUGGCUUAAUGUAUAAUCCUCCCUCAAAUUAUAUCAAAAACAAAAAAUCCAAUAGGAUUUCAGAGAUGAUUCCACAUAGGUUCAACACAUAUUCUCAUUUUAAGACAUUUAGUCGUAUAAAUCAAAGUGGAUAUUCACCAUUGUCAUUCGACAAACGUGAAAAGUUGGAAUUUUUACUGAAGAAUUCCUCAUUACGCAGAAGUGAUAUAUGCAAUGCAAUGAUUUACAUUAUAAAUCACAGUGAAUCUGCCUAUGAAAUCACGGAUAUAAUCAUAUCGCAUAUAUUAGAAGAUGCUUCCGAUAUAAAUGCUAAGGUUGUUUGA